CUCGCUGUGAAAAUAACCUUCCCCCUUGGCCAGAGAGGAGGUGAUUUUCUGCUGCAAUUGUUUUCUUCAGAAUAAAAUGUCAGCGAUGGAAGUGGACCCAUUGGAAGAUGAAGUCGAAGUGCCGUCUUCCAGCACCUCAAAGGGAGACAAGAAGAGAUUUGAAGUGAAAAAGUGGAAUGCUGUGGCACUGUGGGCCUGGGAUAUUGUAGUGGACAAUUGUGCCAUCUGCCGAAACCAUAUUAUGGACUUGUGCAUUGAGUGUCAAGCAAACCAAGCUUCUGUUACUUCAGAGGAAUGCACUGUUGCUUGGGGAGUUUGCAAUCAUGCUUUCCAUUUCCAUUGCAUUUCCCGAUGGUUAAAAACACGUCAAGUGUGCCCACUAGAUAACAGGGAAUGGGAGUUCCAGAAGUAUGGCCACUGAAAAUUUGUUCAAUAUAGAAUUUCAACAUUACUUUUACUUUUUUCACUUUUUUUCAAUGGCAGUUUAAAACCUCAAGUUCUUCUACACCAUUUUUCAGCUGAUCCUGUUUUCACUUGCAAUAUUUUUUUUUUUUUUCUGUAAUCAUAAUUUUUCUUCAACAUGUCACAUGUGAUAAAACUUACAAAUAAACAUUAGUGUUUUUA